CGGACGCCGCUGUCCUGACGCCUUGCCUUUGCAUGUAGUACUGAGGCUGCUGGGGUUGUUCUUUCGAGGGGACGCGAGCGGUACCCCUUCAGAGGCCUGGGCUGUGGCAGCCUCUGUCACUCCUGUGCGGUCCCGGCGCUGCGCAGCGCGUUGGUGCCACCGUCAUGGAUCUAAAUUUAAACCGAGCGGAUUAUUUACAGGUGGGCGUGACCUCUCAGAAGACUAUGAAGCUACUUCCUGCCUCAAGACAUAGAACUACACAAAAGGUGGUUAUUGGAGAUCACGAUGGGGUAGUUAUGUGCUUUGGCAUGAAAAAAGGAGAAGCAGUGGCAGUGUUCAAGACUUUACCGGGGCAGAAGAUUGCAAGAUUGGAGCUAGGAGGGGUUCUUAACACACCCCAGGAGAAAAUUUUUAUUGCUGCAGGAUCUGAGAUUAGAGGCUUCACAAAGAGAGGAAAACAGUUCCUCUCUUUUGAAACCAACCUCACUGAAAGCAUUAAAGCUAUGCAUAUAUCUGGCUCAGACCUCUUUCUCAGUGCAAGUUACAUCUAUAACCAUUAUUGUGAUUGCAAAGACCAACAUUAUUACCUUUCUGGGGACAAAAUCAAUGACAUCAUCUGCCUUCCAGUGGAAAGAUUACCUCGUAUUACACCGGUAUUGGCCUGCCAGGACAGAGUGCUCAGAGUUUUACAGGGAUCUGAUGUGAUGUAUGAAACUGAAGUGCCUGGCCCACCUACUGUUUUAGCACUACACAACGGAAAUGGCGGUGACUCUGGAGAAGACCUUUGGUUUGGAACAUCAGAUGGAAAACUUGGGCUUAUUCAGAUCACUACCUCUAAACCAAUACACAAGUGGGAAAUUCGAAAUGAGAAAAAGUGGGGAGGGAUUUUGUGUGUUGACAGCUUUGACAUUGUGGGUGAUGGGGUUAAGGAUUUACUUGUUGGGAGAGAUGAUGGAAUGGUGGAAGUGUACAGUUUUGACAAUGCAAAUGAGCCUGUUCUACGAUUUGAUCAGAUGUUGUCUGAAAGUGUCACAUCUAUCCAGGGUGGUUGUAUAGGGAAAGAUGGCUAUGAUGAAAUUGUGGUAUCCACAUAUUCAGGCUGGGUUACAGGUCUGACAACAGAGCCUGUACAUAAGGAAAGUGGACCAGGAGAAGAACUGAAAAUUAAUCAGGAGAUGCAGAAUAAAAUUUCUUCUUUAAGGAGUGAGCUGGAACAUCUGCAGUAUAAGGUACUACAGGAAAGAGAGAAAUAUCAACAGUCUUCUCAAUCAAGCAAAGCAAAAUCAGCAGUACCUUCAUUUAGUGUAAAUGAUAAGUUCACAUUAAAUAAAGAUGAUGCCAGCUACAGUCUCAUCUUAGAGGUACAGACAGCGAUAGAUAACGUCUUAAUACAGAGUGAUGUUCCAAUAGACUUACUUGAUGUGGAUAAAAAUUCUGCUGUUGUCAGCUUUAGCAGCUGUGAUUCUGAGUCAAAUGACAACUUUCUUCUCGCUACUUAUCGGUGCCAGGCAAAUACUACAAGGCUGGAACUCAAGAUUCGUUCAAUUGAAGGCCAGUAUGGCACACUUCAAGCAUAUGUGACUCCAAGGAUUCAACCUAAAACCUGUCAGGUCCGCCAAUACCUUAUCAAACCCCUUUCACUCCAUCAAAGAACUCACUUUAUUGAUCAUGACAGACCCAUGAAUACACUGACUUUAACGGGCCAAUUCAGUUUUGCUGAAGUUCACUCCUGGGUGGUUUUUUGCCUGCCUGAAGUUCCUGAAAAACCUCCAGCAGGAGAAUGUGUGACAUUUUACUUUCAGAACACCUUCCUGGAUACACAACUUGAAAGUACCUACAGAAAAGGAGAAGGAGUUUUUAAAUCUGACAACAUUUCUACUAUAUCCAUCCUAAAAGAUGUGCUCUCUAAAGAAGCUACCAAAAGGAAGAUUAACCUCAACAUAUCAUACGAGAUAAAUGAAGUAUCAGUCAAACACACUUUAAAGCUAAUCCACCCAAAGCUGGAGUACCAGUUGCUUUUGGCUAAGAAAGUGCAAUUAAUUGAUGCUUUAAAAGAGUUGCAGGUUCAUGAGGGAAAUACAAAUUUUCUGAUACCAGAAUAUCGCUGUAUUCUAGAAGAGGCAGAUCACCUACAGGAAGAAUACAAAAAGCAACCUGCACAUCUUGAAAGACUGUAUGGCAUGAUCACUGAUCUUUUCAUAGAUAAGUUCAAGUUCAAAGGCACCAAUGUAAAAACCAAAGUACCUCUUUUACUGGAGAUUCUGGACAGUUAUGACCAAAAUGCAUUGAUUGCUUUCUUUGAUGCUGCAUGAACUAUAAACAAGGUAAAGUUCCAAACAAGGUAAAGUUCCAAAGGAGUCUUUUUAAACGAAAUAUGUUAAAACAGAAUUAUGGCACAAGCUAACUGUACAUACUUUUAUUUCAAAUGCUUUUUAAUAACGUCUAAAAAUAUUUAAGAUGUGACUUCUUUUAGUAAUGCUUCUAUUUUGAGAAUUGGAGCUUUUUAAAAAUAGAGUUUUUAUUUUAAAACAUUAGUGGAAUGAUGAUAAGGAAUUUUAAUGAAUUUUUUGCAAGUGGAUGUUUCAACUUUUAAAUUGAGAAAUAUUUGGAAAAUUAAAAAUAUAUUCAAAUAUUUAACAAGCUAUACCACAUGUAUAAACUACUUUACAGUUUUCAAAAAUGUAUUUACAUUCAUUACUUCAUCUAAUCUUCACAAUAUAUAUUGUUAUUUUGUCAAGUCAUAUAGGAAAACUGAUUCUCUGUGAGGUUAAGUGAUUAAGAGGACAAGCUGUUAUUAUUUUGUAAAGCUGGGACCAGAUCCCAAGUUCUGGUGCCUGGUUUGUGUCCUGGUUACUGUAUACGUUGUUAACAAGUGGAAAUAACUUACCAAUUAUUUUUUCUCGGAGUUGAGAUUGAUUUGCAACUGAUUUCACUCUUGCUAGGUAAUGUUUUGUGAACCAUGCUCAGUUUGUGAAAUGCUUGAGUUGGUUCAGUGCUAUAAAUUGUGGCCAGGGAAAUGAGCAGAGCUUGCACAGAUUGAAGGGAUCUUCACUUGCUGUCCCUGUAACCAGUAAAACUAUACAAGUGUACUACAUGUGAAGAGUGCAGAAAUAGUGAUGGCUCCUUAGAUUUUCCUGCACUAGUACCCACUAAUUUCCAUUUUAUCAUAUAUGGAGGGAAAUAAGACUUUAAAGCUACAGAAGUUUUAUUCAUUAAUCUUAAUUUAUGUUUUUUCAUAUUCAGGGUAAUAUUGUAUUUAAAGGUUGUUUUAAAAUGACAUAAAGAUUAUAUAAUUAUGUUUUCAAGAAGGGCACACUCAUGAAUUUGUCAAAAACAAUGUUUCUUAAUUAUCUACCAUUAUAUUUAUUAUAUGCAAGCCUUGUAUAUUAAAUUUGAAAAUUUGUUAAAAGCACAUAUCACUGAGAGUUUUAUUUUAAUAAGGUCAUAUUGUUUUUAUUAUAUUUAAACAACCUUCAUUGCUAAAUGGAACAAAUAAUUUUAUUUAGGUCACUAGAAUUUCACUGGGUGCUUUUUGUUGGCUGCCACAGCUUGGGGAAAGAUGCAUCAAAAUCAGUGACUGUCUAGUUUAAUUUCUUAUAGUAC